CCAAUAAUAGUACAUUGUGAGAUGGCUGAAGAAGAAGAAACCGGAAAGGAAUAUCGAUGGGAAACGGGAUAUGAAAAGACUUGGGAAGCAAUCAAGGAAGAUGAGGAAGGUCUUCUUGAAGGAUCUGUUGCGGAUAUCAUCCAAAGAGCAAAGAGACGAAGACAGGCAGACAGGCGUGGAAAUAUUCGUCUUGGUAUGAUGAGACAUCUCUACCUAAUUGUUGACUUUUCAGAAGCAAUGUCAAAUCAAGAUCUGAAACCAACAAGACAUCUUUGUUCUGUUAAGCUUUUAGAAUCAUUCAUCGAUGAAUUUUUUGACCAAAAUCCAAUUAGUCAGCUUGGUAUAAUCAUAACAAGGAACAAGCGAGCUGAAAAAAUUACUGAACUUGCAGGCAAUCCAAGAAAACAUAUAAAGGCGGUAAGACAACUUGCAGAAGCAACAUGCAGUGGGGAACCUUCUCUUCAAAAUGCUCUAGAACUGUCUCUGAGGUCUUUGCGUCUUCUACCAUCCCAUGCAAGCAGAGAAGUCCUUGUUAUAUUUGGUAGCCUUACUACUUGUGAUCCUGGAGAUAUAACAGUCACCAUAGAGUCUCUGAAAAAGCAAGGUGUACGGUGCUCAGUAGUGGGCCUAGCAGCAGAAGUACACGUAUGUCGUCGGCUAAGCCGAGAGACUGGGGGUGAGUUUGGUGUUGUUCUCGAUGACUGCCACUACCGUGACCAGCUUUUUAUGCAUGUUGAGCCACCACCAGCUGCAUCCUGCCUGGAAUCUUCACUUAUUAAAAUGGGCUUCCCACACCACAGUGCAGCAGAGGGCAAAGAAACUCCUCUCACCAUCUGCAUGUGCCAUUUAGAUGUACCAGCAGCAGAAGCCAAAGGUGUGAGCCAUAGUGGAGCAGGAUACUUCUGCCCUCAGUGUUGUAGUCGAUAUUGUGAACUGCCUGUUGAAUGCCGAGCAUGUGGGCUCACACUUGUGUCUGCACCUCAUUUGGCCCGUUCCUACCAUCAUUUGUUUCCUGUGGAGAAUUUUGUUGAACUGGAACAGAAUCUUGAUCUUCACAAACAGUGUUAUGCCUGUCAGAGAUCAUAUGGAGAUCAUGAUAAACAUGUGUAUGAGUGUGGGCGUUGCAGCCAAGUGUUUUGUUUGGACUGUGACUUGUUUAUCCAUGAUACAUUACAUACGUGUCCAGGAUGUGCUACAAAUCAACAGACUUUCCAUCUUAUGGGAAGUGGUGAUAAUGGAAGUUCACUUUCUGUGAAUUUAAUAUGAAUAAAGACCGAGAUACUUGAUGCCUGAGUCUGAA